GUUCGAACGUCACACACUCCAUUUCAGGCCCGGUGUGUGUGUUGUUUUCUCCCCGCUGUCCACGCUCACCUUUUUGGACUCCCUCCGGAAAAAAAUGGACGCCAGCCCCGGUCGUCGGUGGUAGUCGUUGUGCCUCGCUAAGGACCGACAUUAUCCCGGCUCACACGCACCACACACAGCCUGCCAAACAAAGACGCUGCUGGAUCUUCAUGUCCCACAAUCCCCUGCAGGAGUUACUCGCCUUCCUGCUUGCUUGGAUGAGUCCCACGCCGCCAGCCCAGAGUGAGCACUGAUUGGCCACCAGCCAGACCACGCAGCCCGCCGCCCUCCCAGGCGAGCCAUCAUGGCCGACGUGGACCCGGACACCCUGCUGGAGUGGCUCCAGAUGGGUCAAGGCGACGAGCGUGAUAUGCAGCUCAUCGCUUUGGAGCAGCUCUGCAUGCUGUUGCUCAUGUCUGACAACGUGGACCGCUGCUUCGAGACGUGUCCUCCCCGGACCUUCCUGCCGGCACUGUGCAAGAUCUUCCUGGACGAGAGCGCUCCAGACAACGUGCUGGAAGUGACGGCCCGCGCCAUCACCUACUACCUGGACGUGUCUGCGGAAUGCACCCGCAGGAUCGUGGGCGUGGACGGCGCUAUCAAAGCGCUCUGCAGCCGCCUGGUGGUGGUGGAGCUCAACAACAGGACCAGUAGAGACCUGGCCGAGCAGUGCGUCAAGGUUCUGGAGUUGAUCUGCACCCGCGAAUCCGGCGCCGUCUUUGAGGCAGGUGGCCUGAACUGCGUGCUUAGCUUCAUCCGAGACAGCGGCCAUCUGGUGCACAAAGACACGCUGCACUCAGCCAUGGCGGUGGUGUCACGCCUGUGCAGCAAGAUGGAGCCCCAGGACUCAUCUCUAGAGACCUGCGUGGAGUCUCUCUCCAGCCUCCUCAAGCACGAAGACCACCAGGUGUCAGACGGGGCUCUGCGCUGCUUCGCCUCAUUGGCCGACCGCUUCACCCGCCGGGGAGUGGACCCCGCCCCUUUGGCUAAACACGGCCUGGCAGAGGAGCUGCUGUCCCGCAUGGCGGCCGCCGGUGGUGUCGCGUCUGGCCACUCCUCGGCCUGUAAGCCCGGCCGCACGUUGACGGGCGCUGCCCCAUCAGCGCCUGACUCCAAAGUUAGCAACCAGGUGUCCACCAUUGUCAGCCUCCUGUCCACGCUGUGCAGAGGCUCGCCACUCGUCACGCACGACCUGCUGCGCUCCGCUCUGCCCAACUCCAUGGAGUCGGCUCUGGGAGGGGACGAGCGCUGCGUGCUGGACACUAUGCGGCUGGUGGACCUGCUGCUGGUGCUGCUCUUCGAGGGCCGCAAAGCCCUGCCCAAAUCCACGGCGGGCUCCUCCAGUCGCAUCCCGUGUCUGCGGCGCCUGGACAGCUCGGGAGAAAGAUCCCACCGACAGCUCAUCGACUGUAUCCGCAGCAAAGACACUGACGCCCUCAUCGACGCCAUCGACACGGGAGCCUUCGAGGUGAACUUCAUGGACGACGUUGGUCAGACGCUGCUCAACUGGGCGUCGGCCUUCGGCACACAGGAAAUGGUGGAGUUCUUGUGCGAGCGGGGUGCUGACGUCAACAGAGGUCAGAGGUCGUCCUCACUACAUUACGCUGCCUGUUUCGGACGGCCCCAAGUAGCAAAGACGCUGCUGAGGCACGGCGCCAACCCUGACCUGAGGGAUGAGGACGGAAAGACGCCCCUGGACAAGGCCCGGGAGCGGGGCCACAGUGAAGUGGUGGCCAUACUGCAGUCUCCUGGAGACUGGAUGUGUCCUGUCAACAAAGGUGAGGACAAGAAGAAGAAAGACCUAAACAAGGAGGAAGAAGAAGUAGGCGAGCCCAAAGGAGAUCCAGAAAUGGCUCCCAUCUACCUGAAGAGACUUCUGCCUGUUUUUGCACAAACCUUUCAGCAAACCAUGCUGCCUUCUAUCAGGAAAGCCAGUCUGGCUCUGAUCCGCAAGAUGGUCCACUACAGCAGUGAGCUGCUGCUGAAGGAAGUGUGCGAUGGCGAGAUGGGUCACAACCUGCCCACGGUCCUGGUGGAGAUCAGCGCCACCGUGCUAGACCAGGAAGACGAUGACGACGGACACCUCCUGGCCCUGCAGAUCAUCAGAGAUCUAGUGGACAAAGGAGGAGAUGUCUUCCUGGACCAGCUGGCUCGCUUGGGCGUCAUCAACAAAGUGUCCACGCUGGCUGGACCCGCGUCGGACGACGAAAACGAGGACGAGGUCAAACCGGAGAAGGAGGAGGAGGUGCAGGAGGAUGCAAGGGAGGUCCUGCAGGGGAAACCGUACCACUGGCGGGACUGGUCCAUCAUCAGGGGGCGGGACUGUCUUUACAUCUGGUCGGAUGCCGCUGCCCUGGAACUUUCAAAUGGCUCCAACGGAUGGUUCCGCUUCAUCCUGGAUGGGAAGUUGGCCACCAUGUACUCCAGUGGCAGUCCGGAGGGGGGGUCUGACAGCUCCGAGUCCCGCAGUGAGUUUCUGGAGAAGCUUCAGCGUGCCAGGAGCCAGGUGAAACCUGUAACGUCCAGUCAGCCCAUCCUCUCCAGUCUGGGUGCCACCAAGCUGACCGUGGGUAACUGGUCUCUGACGUGCCUGAAGGACGGCGAGAUCGCCAUCCACAACUCGGACGGCCAGCAGGCCACCAUCUUGAAGGAGGACCUGCCGGGCUUCGUGUUCGAGUCCAACAGAGGAACCAAACACUCGUUCACUGCGGAGACGUCUCUGGGCUCUGAGUUUGUGACAGGAUGGACGGGGAAGAGAGGGCGCAAGCUAAAGUCCAAGCUGGAAAAGACCAAACAGAAAGUCAAGAGCAUGGCCAGGGAGCUCUAUGACGACCACUUCAAAGCUGUGGAGAGCAUGCCUAGGGGGGUGGUGGUCACCCUGAGGAACAUCUCCACACAGCUGGAGUCCUCCUGGGAGCUGCACACCAACAGACAGUGUGUAGAAGGGGAGAACACGUGGAGGGACUUGAUGAAGACAGCCCUGGAGAACCUCAUUGUGGUGCUGAAAGACGAGAACACUAUUUCUCCUUAUGAGAUGUGCAGCAGUGGUCUGGUGCAGGCACUCUUCACCGUGCUCAACAAUAGCGUGGACCUGGACCUGAAACAUGAUUGUAAGCCUUUAAUGGAGAGGAUCAAUGUCUUCAAGGCAGCUUUCAGCGAAAAUGAAGAUGAUGAAAGUCGACCAGCUAUUGCCUUAAUCCGUAAACUGAUCGCUGUCCUGGAGUCCAUCGAGCGCCUUCCCCUGCACCUGUACGACACUCCUGGCUCCUCUUACAACCUCCAGAUCCUGACAAGGAGGCUCCGCUUUCGCCUGGAGCGAGCACCCGGCGAGACGGCUCUGAUCGACCGCACGGGGCGCAUGCUGAAGAUGGAGCCUCUGGCCACCGUGGAGUCAUUGGAGCAGUACCUGCUGAAGAUGGUGGCCAAGCAGUGGUACGACUUUGAGCGCUCCUCCUUCGUCUUUGUCAGGAAGCUGAGAGAAGGACAGACCUUCACCUUCAGACACCAACACGACUUUGACGAGAACGGCAUCAUCUACUGGGUCGGCACCAACGCCAAGACGGCCUAUGAGUGGGUCAACCCGGCCGCCUACGGCCUGGUGGUGGUGACGUCAUCAGAGGGACGGAACCUACCUUACGGCCGUUUGGAGGACAUCUUGAGUCGGGAUAGCUCCGCCCUCAACUGUCACACCAACGAUGACAAGAACGCGUGGUUUGCUGUGGACCUGGGCCUGUGGGUCAUCCCCUCGGCGUACACGUUGAGACACGCCAGGGGCUAUGGUCGCUCUGCGUUGAGGAACUGGGUGUUCCAAGCAUCCAAAGAUGGUCAGAACUGGGCCACGUUGUACACGCACGUCGACGACUGCAGCCUGAAUGAACCCGGGUCAACGGCCACGUGGCCUCUGGACCCGUCCAAAGACGAGAAACAUGGCUGGAGACACAUCCGGAUCAAGCAAAUGGGCAAGAACGCCAGCGCCCAGACCCACUACCUGUCCUUGUCGGGCCUGGAGCUCUAUGGCACCGUCACGUCUGUGUGCGAGGACCAGCUCGGUAAAGCCGUGAAGGAAGCGGAGGCCAAUCUCCGCCGCCAGCGCCGCCUCUUUCGCUCCCAGGUGAUGAAGUACAUCGUCCCCGGAGCGCGGGUGGUCCGCGGCAUCGACUGGAAGUGGCGUGAUCAGGACGGCAACCCGGCCGGCGAGGGCACCGUCACUGGAGAGGCCCAUAACGGCUGGAUUGAUGUAACCUGGGAUGCCGGCGGCUCUAACUCUUACCGUAUGGGCGCCGAAGGGAAGUUUGACCUCAAGCUUGCUCCAGGGUACGACCCUGAGUCGGCUGCCACAGCGCCGUCACCCAAACCUGUCUCAUCCGCUGUUUCAGGCCCCGCCUUCUCCACGGUGGGACCCUCCCCGACCCCGGCAGCCAGUGGCGGCACCACCACCACUUCGUCCUCGCAGCAGCAGUCGUGGAGCAGUCUGGUGAAAAAUAACUGUCCAGACAAGGGCGGGGCCUCGUCGCUGGGCGGAGCCAGCUCCUCCAGCAGGAAGGGCAGCAGCAGCUCCGUCUGCAGCGUGGCCUCCUCCUCCGACAUCAGCCUCAGCUCCUCAGGAGGGCUGCUGCUGGACCAGGGCUGCGGGGUGGGCGGAGUCGCGGGAGGCGGGGCGGGCUGCGAGGGCCUGCAGCAGGAACCCAUCGUCGUGCUGUCCUCCGCUAUGGAGGGCGGCUCUGCGUCCAGCUCGAGCACCAUCACCGCAGACGCCCCCGGCGAGGACGGCCGGAACAAAGAUCCGUCUGCCGACCCGGCGACCGCCAUCUCCAUGGGCCUGGUGAGCGUAAGCUCGCCCGACGUCAGCUCGGUGUCCGAGUCCCCGAGCAAGGACGCGCCCUCCCAGAGGCCUUUGUGCUCGGCGGCCAACGCCCGCCUGUCUGUCAGUUCCUUGCUGGCGGCCGGCGCCCCAAUGAGCUCCAGCGCUAGCGUGCCCAACCUGUCCUCACGCGAGGCCAGCCUGAUGGAGUCCUUUGUGCGUCGCGCUCCCAACAUGUCGCGCACCAACGCCACCAACAACAUGAACCUGAGCCGCAGCAGCAGCGACAACAACACCAACACGCUGGGCAGGAACGUUCUGAGCACAGCCACAUCUCCGCUCAUGGGCGCUCAGAGCUUCCCCAACCUCACCACCACCGGCACUACCUCCACCGUCACCAUGUCCACCUCCAUAGUCACCAGCAGCAACAACGUCGCCACGGCAACCACCGGCCUGUCUGUGGGACAGUUGCUCAGCAACACCUUGACCACCAGCCUGACGUCCACGUCCAGCGAGAGCGACACGGGGCAGGAGGCAGAGUUUUCUCUCUACGACUUCCUGGACAGCUGCCGCGCUAACACGCUAUUGGCCGAACUGGACGACGAAGAGGACCUACCCGAACCCGACGACGACGACGACGAGAACGAGGAUGACAACCAGGAGGACCAGGAGUACGAGGAGGUGCUGGUAAGGACCAGGCUUGUGUUGGUGAGCGCAGCAGAAGCAGGAAGUGAUGGUGCUUUGCUGCAGGAGGAGGAGGAGUAUGAAACCAAAGGAGGUCGCAGGAGGACCUGGGACGAUGACUUUGUACUGAAGAGACAGUUUUCGGCCCUUGUCCCCGCCUUUGACCCCCGACCCGGCAGAACCAAUGUACAGCAAACCACCGACCUGGAGAUCCCUUCCCCAGGGACCCCACGCUCAGAAGUGCAGGAGGAAGUGGAGUGUGCUCCGUCUCCUCACCUGGCCCUCACGCUCAAGGUCGCAGGGCUGGGGACCACGCGGGAGGUGGAGCUUCCUCUGUCCAACUACAAGUCCACCAUCUUCUUCUACGUCCAGCGACUGCUGCAGCUCUCCUGCAACGGCGCCGUCAAGACUGACAAGCUGCGCCGCAUCUGGGAGCCCACUUACACGAUCAUGUACAGGGAGCAAAAGGAUGGCGGCAAGGAGAAGGAGAGCGACAAAUGUGAGGACUCGCACACGUCUACGAGUCCGAAGCCGAGUGUUGAUGUGCCGUGUCUGCAGGACUUCUGUGAACACGGCGGUCUGAGUCCCGGUUCGCCCUCGUCCAAUCAGAGCAGCGACAUCCUGGGCUGCAGCAAGGAGGCAGCGCAGGCCAAGGCGGGCUGCGGUCUGAACGCUUGCGGCGUGGAGGACGUCCUGCAGCUGCUGCGCAUCCUCUACGUCAUCGGCGGAGACUCCGCCUCCAACGCACGCACGUUGCAGGAGGACGAGCUGCAGUUCAACGCGGCUCCAGAAGACUUCACCAGCAAGAAGGUCACCACCAAGAUCCUUCAGCAGAUUGAGGAGCCUCUAGCGUUGGCGAGUGGCGCACUUCCUGACUGGUGUGAACAGCUGACGUCCAAGUGUCCUUUCCUCAUCCCCUUUGAGACCCGCCAGCUCUUCUUCACCUGCACCGCCUUUGGAGCCUCCAGGGCCAUCGUUUGGCUGCAGAACCGGCGUGAGGCCACCAUGGAGCGCUCCAGGCCCUCCACCACGGUGCGCCGUGACGACCCCGGAGACUUCAGGGUGGGCCGCCUCAAACACGAGCGUGUCAAGGUGCCGCGGGGAGACGCCAUGAUGGAGUGGGCGGAGUCCGUCAUGCAGGUCCACGCUGACAGGAAGUCUGUGCUGGAGGUGGAGUUUCAGGGCGAGGAAGGAACCGGCCUGGGACCGACGCUGGAAUUCUACGCCUUGCUGGCCGCACAGUUUCAGAGGACGUCACUGGGGAUCUGGUUGUGUGACGACGACUUUCCGGACGACGAGUCACGACAGGUGGACCUGGGCGGCGGCUUAAAGCCUCCGGGUUUCUACGUGCAGCGUUCCUGCGGCCUCUUCCCGGCGCCUUUCCCUCAGGACAGCGAGGAGCUGGAGCGCAUCACCAAGCUCUUCAACUUCCUGGGCGUGUUCCUGGCCAAGUGCAUCCAGGACAACCGACUGGUGGACCUCCCCGUGUCUCAGCCCUUCUUCAAGUUGCUGUGCAUGGGUGACAUCAAGUCCAACAUGAGCAAGCUGCUCUACUCGCCGCGCGGCCAUGACGGCGAGCGUCCACCACCGUCAGACGUGCGCUCAGAAGCUUCCACCGAGGAGAGCCAGGAUACCUACUCCGUGGGCAGCUUCGACGAGGACUCCAAGUCCGAGUUCAUCAUGGACCCCCCAAAGCCCAAACCUCCGGCCUGGUACCACGGCAUCCUCACCUGGGACGACUUUCAGCUAGUCAACCCCCACAGGGCCAGCUUCCUGAAGGAGGUCAAGGAGCUGGUGGUGAAAAGGAGGCAGAUCCUGGCCAGCAAAGUUCUGUCCGAGGACGAGAAGAACACCAGACUGCAGGACCUAAUGCUGAGGAACCCCUUGGGCUCUGGACCCCCCCUCAGCAUCGAAGACUUGGGGUUGAACUUCCAGUUCUGUCCGUCUUCCAAAGUCCACGGCUUCUCGGCAGUAGAUCUCAAACCCAACGGCGACGACGAGAUGGUGACCAUGGAGAACGCCGAGGACUACGUGGAGUUGAUGUUUGACUUCUGCAUGCACACGGGCAUCCAGAAGCAGAUGGAGGCUUUCAGAGAGGGCUUCAAUCGAGUGUUCCCCAUGGAGAAGUUGAGCUCCUUCAGCCACAGGGAGGUGCAGAUGAUCCUCUGUGGGAACCAAUCACCUUCGUGGACUGCUGAUGACAUCAUCAACUACACCGAGCCAAAGUUGGGUUACACCAGAGACAGCCCUGGCUUCCUGCGAUUCGUGCGAGUCUUGUGCGGGAUGUCGUCGGACGAACGCAAAGCCUUCCUGCAGUUCACCACUGGUUGCUCCACGCUUCCCCCGGGGGGGCUGGCCAAUCUGCACCCCCGCCUCACCAUCGUCAGAAAGGUGGAUGCCACGGACUCCAGCUACCCGUCGGUCAACACGUGCGUCCACUACCUGAAGCUUCCCGAGUAUUCCUCUGAGGACAUCAUGAGGGAGCGUCUCCUGGCCGCCACCAUGGAGAAAGGCUUCCACCUCAACUGAACUGCUGGGGGCAGAGCCUCUUCCUCACCACGUCCACUUCAUCCUCCUCACCUAUCUGGUGCGUGUGUGUGUGCGUGCUCAUUUUCAGUUUGUUUCAGUGCGUGUGUGUGUGUGUGUGUGUGUGUUUGCGUGCGCGCGCGGUUGUUUCCAGAGACACAAACACUGGUCAUGUGCAAGGCACAUCUGAAGAGUCACUUCCUGUAUUUUCUUUGUAUAUUAUAAACAUUUAUUUAACUCAAGUUGCAGUUUCAACUCGACAGAUAUUUUCAAAUGUGUUUGCUCCGACAAAAAAAGAUCAUUAAAAUGUUUGCAAAGUAGCAAGAA